AUGCACCCUCGCAAUCCGUACAACGAGCCUCUUGAUUUCGCUGACCUUGCGAGGCGCUACCCUCCUCUCAGGCCACAUGUCUUUAUCAACCAUACAGGGUCAAGCACGAUAAACUUCAAAAGCCUUCCAGCGCAAAGGCGUUUAACAGAAGCACUCUUUCAUCUCGACUAUGGUCUUUCAUUAACACUACCAGAUGAUAGGCUCUGCCCCCCAGUGCCAAACAGAUUAAACUACGUUCUUUGGCUACAAGACAUAGUGAAAUCCACUUGCGUUUCCGACACUGUCAGAGGGCUUGACAUUGGCACUGGCGCUUCAGCAAUCUACCCGUUAUUGGCUUGUCGUAUUCAGCCUACUUGGAACUUCAUAGCUACAGAUAUCGAUGGACGGUCUGUUCAGUUCGCCCAACAAAACAUCACUCAGAAUUCCAUGGAAAGUCGCAUUAUUGUUCAGCACGUGCCGGCUGAUGGUGCUAUUCUUCAACCAUUACUUGCAAGUUCGAUGAAUUUCGAUUUCACCAUGUGCAACCCGCCUUUUUAUAGUAGCGCCGAGGACGUUUCUCGUUCAGCCGAAUUUAAGGAGCUUGGUCCGAAUGCAGUUUGCUCCGGAGCAGAAGUGGAGAUGAUAACUCCAGGAGGAGAAACAAGUUUCGUCGCUCGGAUUUUCUCAGAGAGCCUACAGUUGACGACGAAGUGCCGGUGGUAUACUUCUAUGCUUGGGAAAAUGUCAUCAAUUCCUGAUAUUGUUUCCCUCUUUCGCGAACACAGUGUAGACAACUAUGCUAUAACGGAGUUUGUCCAGGGUCGAACACGCCGUUGGGCCAUAGGCUGGUCAUUUCAAGAUGCCAGGCUUCCAGACACCUUUGCUCGCAUCUCCAACCCCACCCUGCAGAAUAUGAUGCCUCCUCGAAACACGCUUCAUCGCGUGUUUCCGGGCGCUCGAUCUGUAGACAUCCUGGCAAUCGCUUUACGGAACGUUCUUGCACUUAUUGACGGCGUAUCGGUCGCAUCUUCGGCUGCGCCUGUGGCUUCUAAAAAUUCAUCUACCAUACUGGUGCAUGCCCGAGGGAACACCUGGUCCCGCGCGGCACGAAGGAGAAGACUUCCAGAAACAGUCUGCGCACAAGAGCCACAAGUCCUGCAUUGUUCGAUUGAAUGCCACGAACCCUCAUCCUCCUAUAUUUUGAAGGACGAUAUUCCAUGCGAGAUUGUAUUCACCUGGGUUGAGGGCAAAGAUCGGUCGGUCUUCGAGAGCUUUGCUAGUCAUGUAAGCCGAAAAGUCACUUCUACCCUACAAGAGUCUGGGGAUGUCUUAUGA